AUGCUACGAACAUGCCGUCUACCAUCCCGGCAGAUAUCAUACCAACCCCAUCGCCACAUCUCUAAUUCCCGCCAUUUUGCUCCAGGCGACCACGUCCUGCUCCGCUCGGUGAAAGACCGCACCGCCGCUCCCUUACUCACGAAACCAUUGACUCCAGGCCACAAACACGAUACCCAUCGUGGGCCAAUCUCCCACAACGAUAUACUUGGCAAGACAGUCCGAGAUGUCGUUUCCACCACCGCGGGAAAACUGGCAGCGGCAGAAUAUCGACUCCAUGAGGUGAAAUUGGAGGAAUACGUCCGUUUGACUCGACGGCUCGUUACGCCAUUAUAUCCACAGGAUGCCCAACUCAUAGUGAAUCUCCUGGACCUCCAUCCCGAACCACCCCGAUACGGCGGAUCUACCGGAAAUGGAAAGGAAGACAGACUAGAAAUCCUAGAAGCAGGCACAGGCCACGGAGCCCUAACCCUCCAUCUCAGCCGAGCAAUCCAUGCCGCUAACCCGCCUCUCCCUCGCCAUAUCCAAAAGAACUCCUCCAACGAGGAGGAAGACCACAACAUAGCACUCUCAGCCUGGAAAUCCACCCGCAACGCCAUCAUCCACACUAUAGAACUCAACCCCAAAUACUCGACCCACGCGCAGAAAAUCGUGCGUGGUUUCCGGCAUGGAAUGUAUGCCCACAACAUCGACUUCCACAUAGGAUCCGUAAGCGAGUGGAUCACUUCCGCCCUCGCCUCCCCAGACCGAAACCAAAACCGAAAGGGCGAACCCUUCCUCUCCCACGCCUUCCUCGACUUACCGGGUACAGAAGACCAUCUCGCCACGGUAGCGAAAGCGCUAAGGGUCGAUGGAGCAUUAGUCGUGUUUUGUCCGAGUAUCACGCAGAUAAUGACGUGUUUCGAGACUGUGAAGGCGGGGAAGAUACCCCUGGAUCUGGACAAAGUGGUUGAGCUUGGCGUUAAUGGUGGGAGUGGGGGGAGGGAGUGGGACGUUAGGCUCGUGCGACCUAGGGGGGCGGCUUCUGCGGGGGGAAAGAAGGUUGUUCGGGAGGCUGGGGUUGUUGGUGGUGGUGAGGUGACCGAGGGCGAGGUUGGGAGGGGUGAAGGGGAUAGUGGGGUGGAUGUCAGUGAGGGUAUUGAUACAAAGAGCACUACUCCUUCCACCCCUCCUACCACCAGUACUACCACAGACGUCGCCGCCCCCGGCUUGAAAAUGGUCUGCAGGCCCAAAGUCGGCGAGAUGAUAGUCGGUGGUGGCUUCCUGGGCGUCUUCAGGAAGAAGCGUCAGGAUUCAUAA